AUGUUCCAUGAAGUUGUUCUGCAGUUGGAGGGACAGGAUGGGACUGUCUGUGAGCUAUAUGACAUAAUGUUCACUCUCAAGACAAAGCUCCAACAACGACAAACUGAUUCCUUCUUUGGAAUGGAGGCCAGUGAACUCCUCCAACAGUUCCCAGACCGAGAGGCAGCAACAAUCAAAAAAGAUCUCUCCAACUUCUACACUGCUGCACUCACCUAUCUGGAAAAGUGGUAUGACUUCACAGAGAACAACUACCAGAAAAAUGUUUCAUGCUUGGCACUGAAGAGCAGGUUCACAUUCUCCCAGCUGAGUGAUGUGGUGGAGGCCCUACAGAUCAGAGGGAAACUGGACAUGGAUGACCUGUAUGAUGAGUACUGUGUGACUCUGCCAUGCCAGCAGGAAAUUGUGGAAAAAAAGGCUCCUGUUCUGGAGAAGUGGUCCAUCUUGCUUAAAGGCACAAACACACCAAAUCUGACUGCUGUUGCAUCCUUCAUCUUCAGCAUCCCCAUCACCAGUGCUCCAGUAGAGAGAGUGUUUUCUCUCAUGACUGCUGCUUGGACUGACCAGAGGAACCGUUGCUCGGUGGAGCUUAUCAAAAGUCAAGACCAACUUUGA